AAAAAAAAAAAAAAAAAAAUUCUUCUUCUUUCUUCUUCCUCACGCUCGAAAUCCCCCUCCCCAUCUCUCUCUCACGCCCGAUCUCUCUCCCUCGUCCGAUCUCUCUUUUCCCUCACGCGAAGCAGCUCCGUCGGCGUCUCUCUCUCGCCGCUGCUGUCCAAUUGACUUCCCCUUUCAGUCGCGCGCAGUGUAGCCACUGGGUCUUUCGGCGUUGAGCUCGAUCCGGGCAGACCUCGUCGUUGUCAGCCACUCACGUGCAGCGACGCUGCAGUCCUUCUCCCUCUCCCUCUCGGGUUUCGCCGCCAGAUCUGCAGCUGUUUUCUGCUACUUUCGACGCCAGUCAAGUCGAUCCAGCCAGAUCCGCUCGUCGUCGUCGAGGUCGUCCACGCCGUCGUCGAGGUCCAGCUUCGUAACGGACCUGUUCAAGCGCGGGCUUCGCUUCAUUUCGCCAGAUCUGCACUCCAUCUCGCUGAACUCUUGGAUUUUUGGGUAAGGUUUGAUUCAAGAUUUGGGGAACAUUAAUGUACUGUCCAAUGGGUUGAGGUUCAGUAAGAUUGUACUUUUUUGAUUGAAGUUUUGAAAGGAAUUGAGUUGCUAUCCAAUAGGUUUGAGACCGAUCUUGGCAAGGUUUUGGUAAGUUAGGAGGUUAGUAUUAAUAGUUCUUGGUUACCCAUUGAAGUACUAGUCUAAUAAUUGAGUUAUUUUCAAAUUUUUAUGUUGAAUUCAAAGAUUUCAAGGGAUUGAAGUCACUAUCCAGCAAAGUUAACGAUGUUUGGACAUUUUGAUAGGUAUUGAGGCCUUGAAACUCUUUUGGAAUUGUUACAUUGUUGCUAGAAUUUGGGUUUGUGACAAUUAUUAUCGAACUUUGCACAGAUUGGAUUACUUAGUUGUAGUUUUGAAGUGGGAUUCGAAUCAAGCCACACUUAGGGUAAUCUAUUUGGAGUUAAUUGGUUAUUUUGGUGGAUGAAAUUAGGCCUUAGGGGUGAACUUAAAUUUGGAUUUAUGAUUAUAGGUUCUAAUUCGGGACUUUUGUGGGAGAAGCUUAUAACCCAAGGGAUAUUGGCCUACAACUGUAGCAAAUGAAGUUCCAACAGCCUACGAGACAUGAGAUCUGUCACCAGCUUUAUCUAGAUUACACAAUUUCGGCAUUUGUUCGGAAGGGUAACUUGGGCAGAGUGUGACACCUGGAGCUAUGGCUUUUCAGCGGCGGCGCAACCAUUAUUAUCAUCGUUUUAGAUUCUUGAUCCCAUUCAUAUCUACCAUUUUUGGUGGUCUGCUUCUAUUCUUUGCACUUCUCUCUUUUCUCGCUCCUUCUCCUAAUGAUUCCGACCAUCACCGCCGCAUUCCUCCGGUUCAGUUCAAUGCUGCUUCCGACGUGGCGAUUGGAGUUUCGCAUUUUCGUGUUCCGCGCAAUGGAGCGAGAUCCGGUCGUGAUCUUUGGACUUCCAGAAAUGCCAAGUUCUACUCUGGAUGUAGUAAUGCUAGCAACAAGUUUCAGAAAGCUAAUGCUAUCACGCAUCCGAAUCGUUACUUGCUGAUUGCAACUAGUGGAGGUUUAAAUCAACAAAGAACUGGGAUAACAGAUGCAGUUGUUGCAGCACGUAUAUUAAAUGCUACACUUGUUGUCCCUAAGCUUGAUCAGAAGUCCUUUUGGAGGGAUUCCAGCAACUUUUCAGAGAUCUUUGAUGUUGAUUGGUUCGUAUCAUUCCUGUCAAAAGAUGUGAAAAUCAUUCAUCAGCUACCAAAGAGGGGUGGGAAAACAUGGAAUACACACUCAAUGCGUGUCCCCAGGAAGUGUAGUGAAAGAUGUUAUCAGAGCCGCGUAUUACCUGUUCUCUUGAAAAGGCAUGCUAUUCAACUCUCCAAGUUCGAUUAUAGACUAGCAAACAAGUUGGAGACAGAUUUACAGAAACUGAGAUGUAGAGUUAACUACCAUGCUUUGAAAUUCACUUACCCAAUACAGAGAAUGGGUGAAAAACUGGUCCAUCGAAUGCGGGCAAGAAGCAAUCAUUACAUUGCUUUGCACCUCAGGUUUGAGCCAGAUAUGCUAGCAUUCUCAGGUUGCUAUUAUGGUGGAGGUGAAAAGGAAAGAAGAGAACUUGGAGCUAUCCGAAGGCGAUGGAAAACCUUACAUCAAGUAAGCAAUCCUGAUAAAGAAAGGAGGCAUGGAAAAUGUCCACUGACACCAGAAGAGGUUGGUUUGAUGCUGAGAGCACUUGGAUAUGGGCAGGAUGUUCAUAUCUAUGUGGCAUCUGGAGAAGUAUAUGGAGGGGAAGAGACACUAGCCCCUUUGAAAGCCCUUUUUCCUAAUUUCCAUUCGAAAGAGACCAUAGCUUCCAAGGCAGAAUUGGACAAAUUUUCUUCAUAUUCUUCUCGCAUGGCUGCACUUGAUUUCAUUGUCUGCGAUGAGAGUGAUGUGUUUGUCACCAACAAUAAUGGCAAUAUGGCAAGAAUAUUGGCUGGAAGAAGAAGGUACUUCGGACACAAGCCAACCAUUCGUCCAAAUGCCAAGAAACUCUAUAGGUUGUUCUUGAAUAGAGCCAACAUGACAUGGGGAGCAUUUUCCUCCAGGGUUAGAACUUAUCAGAGAGGCUUUAUGGGAGAGCCAAAUGAGGUGAGGCCAGGCAGGGGUGAAUUUCAUGAAAACCCAUCGCCUUGUAUAUGUGAAGAUGCCAAGCCUCAUGUAAAGUCUGAUUCAGGACCCAGAAAAUAUGCUAAGGGUGAUAUUACACCGAGGAGAGAUGAGCCUGCAGCACUAGACGACCAAAACAACAAUUAUGAGCCAGAAUGGCCCGACUCGGAGGAAGAGGAAGAUCAAGUUGACUUUCAAGAUAAAGGUCCAUUCAAUGCAACAAGUUUGGACUAUGAUGCAAUUAACUCUGAGGAGCCUGAAUUGGAAGAGAUGCUCUCAGACUAAACAAGCGGUAUGGUGAUCCUUACUCAUAUUGGUACUUUACUAUCCCUUCUUUCACAAACUUUGCACCCCAACCUCGAAACGAAUUGAGAGUGAGAUCCCCCAAGAUCAUUUUUCAUUCAACAAGACAAACCUGUCGAUUUUGGUUCGUAUGUGUGUCAUUCUGUAUAUAUCACCCCAUCAAGAGCCAAGAAAACGUCUCCCAUGUUUCGAACAAUCAUUAUACGUUCUUUUUGGCCGCGGUUUUUAACAGUCAGAUAUUGCAUCAACAAGUUGAGUAUCAACAAAGUGCUGUGCAGGGGCUUUGCAAGCAAGGUUGGGUAGGGGGCUAAUGAGAGCUUGCAGGAACCAAAGAAAUGCAUUGUGAUUGUCAGAUUCUUCUGAGGUAGGGUUUUGAAACCAUGCCUGUACAUUUUUUCAGUGUGGUUCAUAUUCUUAAAUGAUUUUGCCUUGUGAAGUUGGUAAUUAGGUUUUGCAUGGAUUCUCUUUAUUUCUAAGGAUGGCUGUAUAGUCGAAUACAGCAUUAUCCCUCCAAAAUUUGUUUGUCUUUCUAUUGAUGUUAUCUUAUGGUCCCAUAGAUUAGCCCUUCCAGAAAAUAGUUUGCCUUUCUUUUCUUGUGUCGUCAUCAAUGUGUUGUGGAUUUUCUAUUUAUCAGUAUUUUGAAUGUUUCAAGUUUCUACUAUUAACAAUUAAUAAUAGUUCAAGAUUAGAGCUGGUAACUUGCAUUUGAGAUUC